AUGUUGAUCAUCAAGUUUGUUUUAUGGGUGCUGUCUUAUUGUAAGUUACCUCGUUUUAUGAAUCUGGAUUGUGUGUUGAAUGUCACUGGUGCUGAUCGCGAAGUUGACCUUGCAAUGGUGUAUCAAAGCUCUACUCUUGUCCCCGUACAAACCAUGGCUGUUGUUUCCAUUGGUGCUGCUUUGGCAAAUAAGUUGCAAAAUGAGGAUAUCCGUGAUUUGUUUGAGUACAAGGCUGAUUUCGAUCAAAAUGCACUAGACAAUCAAGGUAUUUACAAGGAUGUUUUUUCUGGUAGUGUGUAUCAACAGCACAGACGCAACAACAUCAUCCAAAACAGCUCCAUCGUAAUCAACUUGUAUCUUGAUGAUUUUAUCAGCAAAAGCCAACAGAAGUCAUCGCAAAUGAUCAUCUUUGCUACCAUUCUGAAUAUUGAUCCUAUGCACCGCUAUAUGUUGGGAAACACAAUCACUUUGGGAUUGAUACCAGGCCCAAAGAAGGUAAAAGAUGUUUGGUCUUUUUUGAAGGCUUAUAUCGACGAGUCGAACGAACUAUCACGUAAUGGUAUGAUCGUAAAGAAAGAUGGUAACGAAAUAUACAGAUGUCGCGUAUAUAUUCAUGGUCUGGGUGGUGAUUUGAUGAAGCUUGGCGAGCUCAUAGGAAUUAUUCGUACUGCUGAAUUUGGGUGCAAGUUGUGCAAUGUACGUGGUGUUCACCCUCAAGGUAGCUCAUCUGGUGAAUACUUCUUGUAUAAAGGUCAACUGAGAUCAAUGCAUGAGAUGGUCAAUGGCAGCCCUGAUAUCAACAUGCCUGUUAUUCAUCCUCUGAUCACCAGCCUUCCUACUUUUAGCGGUAUCGACUUUUUCCUCUAUGACGAACUGCAUGGUAUUGCUCGUGGUGUCAGUGAACUCUGCUUCAAGCUUCUUUCGUCCGAAUACAAUGAAAAGUUUCGUCCUAUCGUUGGUGACAAUGAUUUAUAUACGUUCGAUGUCAAGCUUAGAAAUAAAUCGCAGUUGGUUCCAAUUCUUAAAACUCUGAAUGGCUACAACAGAUUCGUGGACUGGCUAGAUUUCCUGUUGUAUAUGAUUCCAACUUUAGUUCUCCAUUGUCUCAAACAUGAAGCUACCAAGAAGGCCUUCAUGAACUUGAUCACUGGCUGUGUUCUUGCAUCGCAAUGGGAGGUAAAUGAAGAUGAAUUUCAAAAAAUGGACAAAUGCUUUUCGGAAUGUCACAGCUUUUUACGACGAGAAACAAGGGCCAAUCAACUCAACGAGCGUGUGUUUACAGCCAACAACCAUAACAUAUGUCACUUCAAGCAUAUUGUCAGCCGUAACGGUGUUGUGAAGUCGAUUAGUGCACGAUCAAUGGAAAGAGCAAUCAACAAGUUCAAGAAUUUGAUCAAUUCAAAAACACAAGCAGGUGUAAAUGCUUCCAAUUUCCUCCAUCUUCAAAAUGGCUUUAACUCUUCUUCAACAAUAAAAGCAAUUAAUGAAUUGGAAAUAAUUCGUCAGUAUAGCUUGGCUUCUUUUAGAGAAAGAGCACAGCAAUCUAGUGACUAUGGUCAGUUUUGGGAGCAUUUCUUGGUUGAGGAUCUCUCAUCAGAUGCUGAAAUAUGUGCUGGAGUCCCAGCUUCCAAAGUUGUAAAAGCACUCAAGUCGUUUUACUCUCGUUUUUCUGGUACUUCUGGUUUUUCUAAUGUUGAAUUGACAAGUCUCCUUGUUGAAAGUGCCGCUCGCUUAUGGAAGGACAACUAUGUAUAUUCUUCAGUAAUGGAUCGCCACAAGAAAAACUGA